AAUUUGACAUUGCAAACUACCUUACUUCUUUAAUAAAUUGGAAUAAUACUAUAUCUAAACAAGGCGGAUAAACUAGAAGAAUCGUGAAUUGGAAAGGUGGAUCAAAAAUGCAUAUCACUUAACCUAUAUCCUCACAUUUUUUAAUAAUGAUGCAUAAUAUAAGAUUCUUUACCAGAUAUUUGUAUUAUUCUGGACUUUAACGGUUAAAACUGGUCUUAAACACGACGAUAACAAUGCGAAUAAGGUUGGGAAAGAUCAGUUAUCGUUAUUAUGGCUAUUGACCCCUCAGAGGAAAAAUAUUGGGCUAGAUCUGCGCAAACUCAAACCAGCGACGUAAUCAGACGUAAUGGCGCGAAAUCACAUUUUUUACCUUUGUGUCUGAAAUCCCGCUUUUAUAAUAAUUUCUUAGUUAUGUCUACAUGUAAUCUAAGGGGGGUUUCAGUGUCGUUUCCAUUCGAACCAUACUCAAUUCAAAAAGAUUAUAUGGAAAAAGUGUUAGAAUGCCUUCAAAAUGAUGUAAAUGGUGUUUUAGAGUCUCCUACAGGAACAGGUAAAACUUUAUCGUUGUUAUGUUCGUCUUUGGCUUGGUUGACAGCGAAGAAAGCGCAAAUGCAAGGCCAAUUACGUGCUGGAUGUAUGGAGGAGGCUGAUGAUUUUAUGAAAGAUUUAUUAGAUGAUUUGAACAAAAUGGGGGGAGCAAAACGUGUCAACUCUUUUUUUGCACCCCCUCGAAUUAUUUAUGCAUCAAGGACACAUUCUCAAUUAUCUCAAGCUAUGCAGGAAUUAAGAAAAACUGCUUAUAAACACAUGAAAGCGACUGUAAUUGGUUCAAGAGAGCAAUUGUGUAUUAACCCUGAAGUAAUGUCCGAAAAAGCGAAUAAAAAUCUAAUGUGUCAAAUUAAAGUAAAAUCUAGAACUUGCAUGUUUUAUAAUCGUAUUGAACGAAUGAAAAAUGAUCCUUCUAUUAGAGAAAAUCCAAUUACCGAUAUAGAAGAUCUAGUUAAAAUUGGAAAUAGCCAUAGAUGUUGUCCGUAUUAUAUGGCUCAAGAAUUAUCAAAAGAAUCUGAUAUUAUUUUUAUGCCUUAUAAUUACAUUUUGGAUCAAAGGAUUCGAAGUAGUUUAGAUAAAUUAAAUUUAAAAGAUUGUGUUGUUAUUCUCGAUGAAGCUCAUAACAUUGAAAAAAUUUGCGAGGAAAGUGCCUCUUUACAAAUCAAAAAUACUGAUAUUACAAUGGCCAUAGAAGAAACUUCUGAAGUUAUGAAAGCUUUAUCAGAUACAAGUGGUGCUUUUACUGAUGUUGAUAUUCCCAAAGAUUUUGAAGCCGAAGAAUUGUGUAUAUUAAAAGAAAUGCUUUUAAAACUUGAAAAAGCCCUUGAUGAAAUUGUAGUUUCAAAUGAAGGAACUACUUUUGAGGGACCUUAUAUUUUUGAAUUUCUUGGAAAAGCUGGGAUUAAUCAAGAAUCUUUUGGUGCUUGUAGAAGUUUAUGUGAUAAAAUAACAAACUUUUUAGCAACAGCUUCUGAAUCACCAUUUAAAAGGCGUGGAGAUGGUUUAAGUUUAUUAAGUGAUUUAUUAGCCAUAGUUUUUAUUAAACCCUCGCCUACUUUUCAAGCUAAAACAAACGAAUGUUUUAAGGUUCAUGUUACGUUAGAAGAAAAGAAAAAAACUCGUGAUAAUUGGUUAACGAAGCUAUCAAAUAAAGAUACAUGCCGUGUUUUAAAUUAUUGGUGUUUUAGCCCAGGAUUUGGAAUGAAUAAAAUGAUGGAUUCUGGCAUGAAAUCGGUUAUUUUAACCAGCGGCACAUUGGCACCGUUAAAACCUCUUAUAUCCGAAUUAGGAAUAAGCAUAAACGUGCAAUUAGAAAAUCCUCACGUCGUCUCACCAAAUCAAAUUUGCGUAAGAAUAUUAAAUAACGGUCCCGAUGGUGUUGAAUUAAAUUGUAACUAUAAAAAUCGAGAUAAUCCUCUAUAUCUUUCAUCUUUGGGAAGGACGAUUUUAAAUGUUAUCCGUUUAAUUCCCGAUGGUGUUUUAAUAUUUUUCCCUUCAUACCCGAUUUUACAAAAAUGUCAAGAUCAUUGGCAAAGAGAAGGAAUUUGGAGCGACAUAAACGCGAUUAAAUCGAUUUUAGUUGAACCAAAAGAUAAAGAUGCUUUCAAUUCGGCUAUGAUUGAUUAUUACGCGAAAAUUAAACAAAAUAAAGGAGCUAUCUUCAUGGGGGUUUGUCGCGGAAAAGUUUCUGAAGGGUUGGAUUUUGCGGAUAUAAACGGAAGGGGUGUAAUCAUCGUUGGACUUCCUUAUCCACCAUUAAAAGAUCCAAAAAUUGUACUUAAAAAACGUUACUUAGAUGUUUGUAAUAAAGCAGAUGCAGAUUAUUUAAAAGGUGACGAUUGGUAUAGUUUAGAAGCCGUUCGAGCUAUCAACCAAGCUAUCGGACGAGUUAUUCGCCAUCAACAUGAUUAUGGUGCUAUAAUACUCCUCGAUUCGAGAUUUAAUUCAUUUAAAAUCAAAUCGCAAUUAUCGUUAUGGUUAAGAGAUCGAAUUAAAGUCGUUAAUAACUUUGGAAUGAUUGUGAGAGAUGUGAAAUUUUUUUUUAAUAAUGCUGGAAAUAUUAAACCACCAAUAAAAACAGAAAUAAAAGAAGAAUCAUCUCAAAAUUCAAACAUUUCUAACUUAUCAGUUGAAAGUCAAGAUCCUUCUACAUCCGGUUUAGUUACGAUUCAUAAAAGAAGUCCGCCGAAUUUAUUGGAGAAUAAACCAAAAAAAACAAGGAUUGUUUUGGUGGAGAAUAAACCUCAACAACAACAACCUUCAAAUAGAGAUUCUGAGUAUAUGAUGACGGUUAGAGAUGCUUUAUCGUUGGAUGAAUAUAAAACUUUCUUAAAAGCUUUAUCAACGUAUCGUGAUAACAGUGAUUUUAGUCAGUUGGUGGGUCAACUUGACGAAAUUUUUUAUAAAAAGUAUAGUGCUAGAUAUUUGUUGUUUGGUUUGGCCUGUUAUAUUAAGUCAAAAGAUAAAAAGUUAUAUGAUGAAUAUUGUAAUACGAUGAAUUAGAUUAGGUCAAAAUUUUUUUAGUUAUUGUGUUUUUAAUAUAUAUUUUUUAAAUUAUA